UACAAGUUAUAACUGAAUAAAAAAAAAAAUGUCAUUUGUUAGCUCAGUAAAUAGUAGUAACGAAGAAUCGAUGAACGAUAGUGAUAACGAUUAUAACAAUAUGAGUAUGAAUGAUGAGGUUAAAUCAUUUAAAUCGGUGAAAAAACAAGACAUACGUAAUAAAAAUAUAAAACAAGUCAAAUCAAAUAAGAAUAAAACAAUGGCUAAAAAAAAUAUUUCAUAUUUGGAUAAUAUUGAAAAAUUACUACAAAAUGAAAAGAUUGAAACUGAUAUCAUAAAUACUAUUACGGUAAAACAAGAUGAUGAUCUGAUAAAUGUUAAAUCUCCAACUGAUGAAAGAAGUUCCGAGUACUGGACCAUCAGCCACUAUAAGAUCAAAAAUAUUAAGAAUGUUGAUAGCAAGAACAGAUGGAAACAUGCUGAAUGUAGCCUUAAAGUAACGAUAACCGAUCAAACAAAAGAUCAAGAACUUAAGAAUAAUUUAACAGAGGUUGUACAAAAAAUAUUCACGCGCUUUAUGACUGAUCCAAAGAGGAAGAUAACAAGAUCUAAAUUAUCAAAGACAUAAUAAUGUAUUUAUUAAUGACAGUAGAAAAAAAAAAAUUGAAUAUAUAAUAGGUGGUACUAUGUAAAAUAAAAAAAUUUUCAGUUU